AUGUUAGAGAUUACUGUGUGUCUUGGACCGGGUCAGCUGAAUGAAACGAUGGUACCAUCCGUUGACACCACUCACACCACAACUGAAGCAGAUCCAGGAUACGAUGAGGCUCCUAAAUGUAAGGACACAAUUGGACACAAUUCGUCGCGCGUGGGAACGUCACCAGCGAUGGAUUCUCUCCCUCUCUUCAUGUGUCGUGAUCACUCACGUUAUUUAAGUGCCAUCAGUUUGUUGCACCGUCCUCCGUCCUCCUCCGCCCUCGCGAUACUAAUCACGCGGGUGACGGCUCAUCUCAUAAUUUUAUCAAAGUGUUCGAAUGUUUCAGGUGUUCAAAGAGUUCUCUCACUACAUGAGAUGUUAUUAGGUGAAGCAGCGUCGAUGAACCGUGCCAGCUCUCUACAGAUCCUGUCAGAGUGUCUCCAGAGCCUCUAUGUAACCCCAGCCGCCGGGUCCCGGCCAGCGUCUCCAUCGGUCCGCCUCGCUCGCCUCGCUCGACUGGCUGGACUCAUGUUUCGUGAGCGGGCCGGAGCCGAGCCGGUCACGACGCUGGCGUGUCUGAUUACAUCUGGCUCCACGGCAGCUGAGGACCCAUUUUCUUAG